GAGACUGGCUUUUCAGUGCUAAAUUGUUUCGUCAUGACAGCAGAACGACGUGGUUGGUUGAACGUCACAUACGUAAUGUGAGACGCGACGCAAGCAAAGAAGGAUCUUCCGGUAUCAACACUUGAUCAGAUGGUAGUGUCAAGGAGGUUUUUAGUUGACUGAUUCGGCCAGGUAGACUAUUACAUAAACGCAAAGGGACGGUUACCAAAAAGACUGAUGAGUGUUGAAAGAUGGCGUUUCUUUUUCCAGUAUCAUUGCAAGAGGACAAGUCAAGACUGGUUGUGAGAAAUUGGAUACUUGCAUGCUAAAAACAGAUCAGUAGUCUGACAGACAAUAAGACUUUGUUCAGCUAGCUAAUCCUACAAAUGUUACUAGCUACAGAAUGGCAAUACCUAUAUGUUUCUGUGCUAAAAUCCACACUUAAUUUUCAAGCUGUUUUUUGUCGUGUCGAGUUUCAAUGACCUGAGUUAUUUUCUGUGUAGCCUUGUUAUUUGAUACGCACGAUUUACUUCUAACCUUCUUGUCUCAAGGAUAACACCAUCCAUUUUAAAGGAGGACUGACCAUUAACUAAGGUCCAGCAGAAUAAUGAAAGUCACCUCGGCGAAAAAGAAGCCAUUCUCCCACAAGAGGAAUGGGAUAACAGGCAACAAAGACAAUCUUGAAGUGCUUGUGAAGUUAGAACGCUUGCCUCAAGUAGAUGAACUUGUCGAGUGCAAAACCAAACGCCCUGGAUACACAGAGGCUAGUGCUGGCUGUAGCCUUUCUGACAGAGUCCAAAUUAAAGAAGAACCAAGUCACGAUGAAACGCAGUCAAUCAAAGAAGAGGCGACAUCUGCAGAGCCCUGUCCUUCGGAACCUGUCUUUCCCAAGCAAGAACCGGGCUGCGAGACGUGGGCUAUGCAAAUAAAAACAGAGCCAGAAUCUGACUUCGAGAUCUCACCGUCAGGAGAGGAAGAUCUAAGCCCUGUUAAGCGAGAGGAUGAAGACAUCAAGCUGGAGGCAUCUGAGGAUGGUAAAGCCUCGGAUACAGUCCACUCUGGUCAGUUCUUCCCGUGUCCACACUGCUCCAUGUCCUUCACCGAUUGCUCCUACCUGGACAAGCACCUGAAGUGGACCCAUCAGCUGGAGUACCAUGCCCUGCUGGAGAAGCAGGCGGCAGAGGAGCCAGAGGGCCUCCGCCAGAUGGUCCAGUGCCCCGACUGCAGUAGCCGCUUCUUCACCCUGCGCCAGCUUCAGGCCCACGAGCGUCAGGCGCACCCCAAGCCCCUGGAGCCGCCGCCCCGCAAGCGCCACACCUGCCCACAGUGCGCCCGCUCCUUCCACUACCUGGCCAGCCUCCAGAAGCACUGUCGGCGCUGGCACCGGCUGCAGACGGUCAGCAGCGACGGGCAGCUGAGCUGCGCCCGCUGCGGGAAGAGCUUCGCCGGCACGUGGGGCCAGGGCCCGCACCACUGCCCGCCGCCAGGAGCCCCGGCCGAGCCGAGAGACGAAAUGGACGACGCGAAGGCGGACAGCGAGGGUCCGGCCGCGAGGAGCCCUGAUUGCAAGGAGCUGCUCUUCCGGUGCCCCAGCUGCGGUAAGGGCUACCGGACGGUGCAGAAACAUCUUGGCACGCUGGGCCUCGACACCGGCCGGCCGCGUCGCGGUGCUCGACUCGCGGUCGGGCGCCACGACAACAGCAGCCUGCACAAGCACGCGCGCAUCCACACGGGCCUCAAGCCCUUCGCCUGCCCGCAUUGCGCCAAGCGCUUCGGCCGCAUGACGCACCUCAACUCGCACCUGCUCACGCACACGGGCCUCAAGCCCUUCCCGUGCGGCCAGUGCGGCCACAGCUUCAGCCACCGCACCGAGCUGCGCAACCACCUGCGCAGCCACUCGGGCGAGAAGCCCUUCCGCUGCGGCGACUGCGGCAAAGGCUUCGCCGUCAUGGGAAACCUCCGUGUGCACCAGCGCACGCACAGCCAGGAGAAGACGCACCAGUGCGGCGAGUGCGGAAGGCAGUUCGCCGACGCCAGCGUGCUCAGGAAGCACCUCCGCGUGCAUCGGGCGGUAGGCCCGCGACCACUGCACGGCUUCCUGCGUAAGCGCUUCACGCGCGUGGCCCACCUGAAGAACCACCAGCGCACGCACACCGGGCGAAUGCGUAAUGUUCUAUUCCACUUUCUCUCACAGGAGAAGACGCACCAGUGCGGCGAGUGCGGAAGGCAGUUCGCCGACGCCAGCGUGCUCAGGAAGCACCUCCGCGUGCACACGGGCGAGCGUCCGUACCACUGCACGGCCUGCGGCAAGCGCUUCACGCGCGUGGCCCACCUGAAGAACCACCAGCGCACGCACACCGGCGAGCGGCCGUACGCCUGCGGCGAGUGCGGCAAAAGCUUCGCCCAGUCCGGCGACCUCACCAAGCACCGGCGCACGCACACGGGCGAGAAGCCCUACGCGUGUCCCGACUGCCCACGGCGCUACAACAACUCCGGCGACCUGGGCAAGCACCGGCGCAGCCACACGGGCCAGAGGCCCUACACCUGCCAGGAGUGCAGCAAGGGCUUCCUCAUGGUGCACCACCUCAAGACCCACAUGCGCACGCACACCGGCGAGAGGCCGUACCUGUGCCCGCACUGCCCGCUCACCUUCAGCCGGGCACACCACCUGAGUGGGCAUGUCCGCAAAAGCCACUGAGGGACGAGUGGCUGGCCAAGAGCAGCGGUUAUCCUGAUGUUACGGACACCCAAGGACGGAAGAACAGAGAAAUGCAUCCUAUUUGGACAGAUUCAAGACUGUGUGUUAAAUGCACCCUUCAGUAGGUUAUGACUGACACUAAUACCACUGAAAUAAACUUAAACAACAGUGACAAUUAAUCCAUGAAGUGAUCACUGACUAGAUUGCUGAUAAGCAAUUUCACUGUCCGUUGCUGACCAUCACUGACCGUCCAUUGCCAUUGUAGUAGGGCAGUGGUGGCUUAGGAUGUAGAGGAGUCGUCCAGUAACUGGAUGAUUACUGGUUUGAACCCUACUUCUCCUGACCCUGUCAAAAUGUCCUUAAGGAAGACACUGAACUCCAAACUGCUCCCGAUGUACAGGUUGGCCUUGCCUUGCACGGCAGCCUCUGCCAUCAGUGUAUGAGUGUGUGUGAAUGGGUUAAUGUGAGACAUUGUAAAGCGCUUUGAGUGCUCGUAGGAGUAGAAACGCGCUAUAUAAGUGCAGUCCAUUCACAAUUCUGUGUCCUGUCUGAUCACAGAUGUUCUAGGCCUUUCCUAGUCCACUGACGAUGGAAGGUGAGAUUUGGUGGGAUGCCGGUAACGGUCAUCACCAAUGAAAUGGAAAGUGGAUUGAAAAUGUAAAUUCACAGAUUUACGAUGAUUUACAAUGCCGUUACGUAAACUAAGUAGAUUAGGCUUGAGGUCAACUUCCUCACAUUUUUGGUGUUGCUUUUUAUUGCCCAUCGCUGCAUGACGGUGAUCACUUUGAAUACCAAAGUACUGAUUGUUUUAAAAUAUCACAUUUGGAGAUGAUUGUUAAUUUGCCACAUAGCAAGAUACUUUUGACUGACUUAAAGCUUGAUACGUCAGUCAUCCUAGUGAUCAACUGUCAUUUCAUAUACCGUUCACAUGGCUAAAUCCUUAUGAUUAAUGUUGAGAUAUGACAUCCAAGGCUUUGAUUACAGUGUGCUUCAUAUAGCAGGUAGUAUCCAAAUGAUGUGUAAUUUAUUCCUGACAGGCUGGGGUAGAAAGAGAAGUGAUGACUGUGUUAAUUCAUUAAUUAUUUUUAUUGUAUCUAUGCUCAUGAAAUUAAUAAAUAUGAAAGGCUGGAAAGCUUUCUGUACAAA